AUGUCAGGAGAGGAGACUAUUCUAGCCAGGCGGGCUAGGCUCUCCCAGGUCCCACGGGCGUGUGAAGCAUGUAAAGUCCGCAAGAUUCGCUGUGACAGGUCCCAUCCUUGCGGAAACUGUAAAGCUGCAGGUAUAGCUUGCCAACAAGCUCAUUCUGUUCAGUCAGAUGCACGUUCAAGGCCAGACAACCGAAUAAGUCAAUUAGAAGACUACGUGGCUACUCUCGAAGCUAGACUGGCCAAGGUCGAGUUACGUCUAGACAAACAACCUGAACAGCCAUUGACUUCUACACCUGCUUCGACAUCCGCGCCCACGCGCCCGAAAGAGACCUCUUCCGUUUCUCCAGCUGGUUCAUCUGAGCCCAGUGUCUAUGAUGUAGCUCCAUCUCCGGGCGGUGCUUUAUACGAGGGAACAUCGUCGUUUCUUCAGCAAUCUGUCCAGGCUAGUCAAGAGGUUCAACGCUCUGCAGCUGCAGAGAGUCCUGAAGCAGCACAAACAAUAAGCGAAUCAUUCAACCAGUUGAAUUCCAUCUUCAAAAGUCAGAAUGAUAAGAAGUUACCCUUCGCUGCCUCGACUCGAUCCAUGCCAGAAAUUACACCUCUACCAGCUUCGGUUGUCCUUACUAUUCUACGCAAGAUCAAAGGUGCCAAUCCGACCAGGUUCUUUCCUGGUCAAGCCCUUACUGACGUGCGUCUAAUUGAGCAUCUGUGUCAAAAGGUCUACUUCCCAACGGAACCAGUAACUCUUGGGCAUGUUACAAGCGUCAAUGGCAUCAUGCGAUUACUCCUCCGCGAGUUCAUCAUAACAAAGGACAGCCUCGGCGAGGAGUAUAACCUGGAAGAACUAAAAGCGCAGGCUGAGCGAAACUUUGACCGAGGUCUCCAAACCUUUGAGCUUAUGACGGUCCCCAGUUUUGAGAACAUUCUGGCUAUCACAGCUGCGGUUCUCAAGAUCCAAAACGAAGCCGCUCCUGUCCUAGCUCGUUCAUUAGUCAACGCAGGCCUCAGUCACUGUCAGAUGAUGGGCUACCAUCGAGAGGUAACCUAUCAAAAAGACCAGAGUGGCUUUGCUGACAAUAAGCGUCGGCUUUUCUGGACACUUUAUGUCUUUGACAAGACAAACUCUCUCCAUUUCGGCAACGCCUCGAGGAUCCAGGACUUUGAAGUUGACGCGCAUUAUCCUGCUAUACCAGACGACCCAGCGGAGAAGCCCUGGACCGAACUGUUUCGACUGGCUGUCAGGCUUGCCAAGAUCCAGGGUUUGAUAUUUGAUAAACUUUAUUCUGUUGCUGGAUUGCAAUCUCCUGCUGUAGAUCGCAGACAAUGGAUUGAUGCAUUGGUUACUGACAUGCACCAAUGGCGAUACGAACUGGACCAUAUGGAUGGAAGUACAGUGCGCUUCGCAGAGAUUCUUAAGCUUUCAAAGACCCAUUGGGACAUCAUGUACUACUCAACUCUAACCAUUCUAUUACGAGCCCCAGCAAUGCCAGGGGUAGGUACAGACAUGACAUCCCAGUGCUUUCAAGCAGCAAGGCUCUCUCUACAAAGUCAUCUUCGCGCAUUCUCAGGCUAUGGUGGCGACAAGAUGCUCUCGAAAGCAGAUUACAUUGACUGGGCUCUCCACAACUCAUCAUUCACACCUUUUGUCGUCAUAUUCCUACACUCGAUAGCAGCUUCUAGUCUUGAAGACGUAGAGCUUCUCGAGCAGGUAGUCACCACGUUCCGGAGCGCCAGAGAUAUCAACAUUGGAGCUGAGAAGCUCUAUCAAAUCUGUUCUACGUUCUCACGACUUGCCCGUCGAAUGGUCGAAUCUCGAAAUACAUCAGUGGGCAUGUAUGAUCAGAAUAAUGAUACACUCCAGGUGGCUGGCGUGUCCGAAAAUGAUCCCUUGACUUGGACGGAUAUGGCUGUUCUGCCUUCGGAACAACAGGCUGGGACUGAUGGCUUUGCGGACUUUCUCACUGAUGACAUGACCAACAUAUUGGCUGAUUGGAUCAACGGACAACCCCCUGCAUCUGAUAUGUUUGCUAUGGAUUUUGGGGAGUAA